AUGCCUCAGCGCAAGACAAAAUGGACUGCAAACUCCAUCAUCGCCGGCGCAGGAGGAGGACUGGUGGCCAGCAUCGCGACCUGCCCGCUCGACGUGAUCAAAACGAAGCUGCAGGCCCAAGCUGCCGCACAUGGCCACAAGGACUAUCUCAAUGUCUCUGGCACGGUGCGGCAGAUAAUACACUACAACGGUCUGCGCGGAUUAUACCGAGGACUGGGACCGACGAUACUCGGGUACCUGCCGACAUGGGCCAUCUACUUUGCGGUUUACGACGGCAUCAAAGCGACGUUCGGCGAGCCGCCCCUGGUCGAACGAGUCGCGGAUCGCGCGGACGAGCGGCUCUAUCCCGCGCCGUCCGCAAAGGGCUACCAGCCCGUCAUACGCGAGCACCCGUGGGGUCUCCACAUCCUCUCCGCCAUGACCGCCGGCGCGACGAGCACCAUCUGCACCAACCCGCUCUGGGUUAUCAAGACGCGAUUCAUGACUCAGUCUCCUCACGAACAGAAGUACAGACACACCUUAGACGCCGCUCUGACCAUCUACCGCACUGAGGGUAUCUCCGCCUUCUACCGCGGCUUGCUGCCGAGUCUGCUCGGCAUCGCACACGUCGCCGUCCAGUUCCCACUCUACGAACAGUGCAAGCGAUAUGCCCUGAGACACAGCGCUGACCCACACGCCUCCCUGCAACCUCACCAGAUACUGCUUUGCUCCGCCUUCUCGAAGAUGGUCGCCUCGUGCGUGACAUACCCGCACGAAGUCGUUCGCACCCGUCUGCAGUUGCAGAAGCGGCUGGUGAACGCGGACGCUCAACCCCCACGACCCGGUAUCGUGAAGACCGUCAAGGCGAUCAUCCACAACGAGGGCUGGCGCGGACUAUACAAGGGCUUGUCUAUCAACCUCUUCCGCACCGUCCCCAACUCGGCCGUCACCAUGCUCACAUACGAGGUGCUGAUGCGCCAGCUCGCGCUUCGCCAGUCAACAGCAUAG